AUCGCAGGCAGUUUAACAAUUCUAAGUGCAUCCACUUCGCUGAUGAUCAGAACCAUGGCGCUUUGGGAGUGGAGACGCUGGGCAGUUCUGUCGAUGCUUGCCCUAUCAUUUGGACAGUGCGCGAUCUUAAUUCGCACCGGAAUGACCGUGCAAGCGUCAUGGGAUCACCAGCCUAUGGCUUGCGUGGUUGUCAGGACAAAUCACAUCCUCCUGAACCUGAAUUACGCCUACACUAUGUCAUUUGACUUCGUGAUUUUGGUGAUGACACUAUUCGUUCUGAGAAAACGUUUCAGACAUGAGGAUCUUGCGGGCCUUCUCUGUCGUGACGGCUUGGUUUACUUCCUCAUCACAUCGACCUGCAACACCGUUCCAGCUGUCUUAGCUGCUUUCAACCUCAACGAUGAGAUGAAUGUCAUCGCGAUGGUAAGUUGCAUAGCGGCUUUUUUUGUCUGGCUGAACUCUAUAUUCCAGGUGCCCGCUGCUGCAGUCUCGUACGUGCUCUGUUUUAUUCUUAUGGUCAUUUUUUAUAACAGCACACAGAGCUAUUGCUGCCUGUCGUGUGUUUAUUCGCCUCGAUGCAUAUAACAAAGGCAACGGCGAGAGGGUUCACAAUAACCCGCCGUUGGUUAAUCACAAUUCCAUCUCUCCUUCAGUUGGCCCUAGAAGUCCUUCAUCACCGGGUCCUAUUAGCUUCUUGCCCUUGCCCGGUCCUAAGACAACAAAGUCGGGGAUUCGUGCCACCAUGAACACUAUGGAUUUGUCUGGCCCAUCACAAUCCGCCAGGAGUAAGUCCCCCUACGAGCGCGACAGCGACCGCACUUCGGUCGACUCCGGGUCAGACUCGAAAUAUCCUGGUCCUCACGGUGACAGGCGUUUGACCGCUCAGAUUUCACCGUAUAUCCACUUUGGCUCAGCCGUUUGAGUGAAUACUGGACAUUACUUUUUGUCACCGUGCUACCCCGGAAU